GCUCCGUUACGUGGACAAGGAUGCACGCGACUGAAGCGGGAGGAUACGAAUCGCGAGCGAAUAGUACCGAGAGAGAAAGAGAGAGAGUCGCGAUCGAGAGCUGGGGCGAGGGAGGAAAGGAGCAGGCAGCAAUGCGAGCACAGGCGUGAGAGAUCGUGCCAAGGGGAGCGAGCGAGAUGUGGUAGGUGGGGAGGUCUGCUCCGGGUGCGGAGGCGAAGAGAGAAGGAACGGAUGGAGGGGAGUAAGAGCGAGCGAGCCGGAGGGAGAGGCGCAGUCAGACAGUCAGGCAGGCCGCCCGACAAGCAAGGAAGGUAGGCAGGCAGGCAGGCACGCAGGCAGGCAGGCAGGCAGGCAGGCAGGCAGGCAGGCAAGCAACCAGGCAACCAGGCAGGCAGGCAAGGCAAGCUAGCAGGCAGCCAGUGCACCAGCCAAGACCACUAGAUCCGCUCGGCUUACCGACUUAGAGACUUAAGCCGGCAGGCAGUCCGAAAGGCUCAACCGGCUAAGCCUGGCGGACCCACCUACCAACCGACUUACGCGGCGCUAGCCACUACGACGCGCUUCAUCUACCGGCGGGAAAAUCAGGAUACACCGCUGUGCGAUCAGUGGCCGUAUACCGCCGCCGCCUUCUUAUAUUUUCCGUGUCCCGCUCCGCGCUUCUCCUCUCUGACGCAGCACGUUAAGGGCAGAGGUGCAAGUAGUGACGAGUAGUGCUGCGCGGUCAUCAUCAUCGACACGCUCGUGCCAACGACGACGACGACGACGGCGGCGGCGACGACGGUGGCGGCGACGACGUCGACGUCGUUGCCCGCGGCCGCGGCGUCCGACGACGGUCGCGGGUAGGAGACCUCGCCUCGCGUUCUCGUGCCACGCGUACGUCUGUUAAUCACAUGUAAACAUUCACGCGGUGGAUUUCUAGAGUGGAGGACGAGAAUUCGAAAGUGGUGAUAAUAAUCAGAUUGUGGUGUCGCGGAAAGUUCACCGCGUUCAUCGCAUGCGUCAAAUUGUAUGCGGCGUAGCACUCUGAUCGGUGAUCAUCAGAAGCCGGUGGAUGUUGGCUUUUGGUGAACGCCUCCGUCAAAGAAAGUGAGUGAAGUAGUGGUCAACUUAGUGCCAGGUACACACAGGGAACCCUGAUUACGUCUUUUCCAUCCUAAUGUAGUGACUACGAAACUCACGAACCAACCUCCUACGAACGUUUCGACGGAAGAACCUCAUGGAGAAUAUAAAAGCGUGAAGGGAAAAAAUCGCGGCAAAUAUACUCGACUUCUAUCAAAGUAAGAGAGAAGCGAAAGCGAAGGAGUCCAAAAGAUAAAAACACUGAGGAGGAACAAGAGAGGUGGAUGAGAGUUCGUCUACCUCAGGUGGAAGGUGUUUAUGAGGAUGAUAGUGCUGGUAGUUUAACCUACUUAAGCGACAUAUUUUAUAACUCUCCUCUGAUUUUUUUUCCCUUACGUAACACAGCGACAUUGAACGGCGGUUAUCUAAUUUAUCAAACCACCGGUGUUAUAGCGCGCGCGUCGUCCACGUGAGUAUCCCGCGCUGCUUCUCUCGGUGUCUAUCUCGGGCGGACGUGAACUCGCGACCGUCCACGUAUUUCCGUCGGUUCGCUUCUUUCUCGGACGCCAGCAGCGCGAAAUGUCGCACGUACGCGCUUAUCUCAUCGCCGACGCUAAAGAGAAUCGAGAUAUCAGCAGGUGAGUGCCGACGGUACGGCAAACGCGCUGUAAACCGUCUCUGGAAAAAUCAGCACAGCAUAGUCUCCUUAGAAAUCUAUGUCGAAAGAAUCCAUCAACCCGCUACCGACUGCAUCGACAAUCGUCGCGCAUUAUCGUACUCUCGACUGAUAAAAACUUGGACGGUACUCGGUACAUUUAAACUCUCGACGAGUAUUCACGAAAGAGGCAAAUCGUUUAAUGUUUUCAACUGGCAAUCGCCUCUGAAUAACUGUCACGCGGAUUCUUGUUAACGUUGUCCAACCUGCGAAACGAGGAGGACGCUUGAAUGUGUCCUUAGAAGGGAAGCGGCGGGCAGACCAACGUGAUCGCGCUGAUUCGCGGCCUCUCGCGGGCCAGGUUGAUCGUGUCACCGAGUCGUAAGGAACAGUCAACACGACGUUAACCUUCUACAGUAUGGAGCGGGGCGGCGGGGCCGGGGGGAGCCUCGAACUCUCCGCGGGCGGCGGCGGUGGCGGCGGAGGCGGCGGCGGCGGCGGCAAUGCGGAUUUGUGUCUGCAGGACCUCGUGAUCGGGCCGACGAGCAGCCUCUCGGUGCAGCAUCAUCAGCACACGUCCGCCGCGAUGACCAGCCUACACGGCGACCACCUUCAGGGCGCGAUGCACCAUCACGAUCUCCACGGUAAUUCGCACCACGACACCUCGAUGCUGCACAACUCCAGCCACCAGCUGCACCACGAGCCGCUGGAGAAACUUAAACGUGUCUGGGCGCAGAGUGACUUCGGGGACGAAACCAACGGGGGCCUCGCGAGGCUCGACGCGAGUCAUGGCGCUCACACUCCCGGUGGUAGCAAUCCUAGUACACCGGGGGCGACCCCCACGACACCCUCCGGUGGAUACUCCACUGGCCAGCAAAGGAAUCGUACGAAUGCCACUCACAGGCCGGAUAUUCGAAAAGAAGUGAAACACGAAUUGGGUGCCGCGGGUGGCGUUGUUUCUCCUGGAGUCGGAGUCAACGAUACUGACGAUAAGGAUGGCAAAAAGAAUAAAAGGCAAAGGCGACAGAGGACACACUUUACGCAGCAUCAGCUUCAGAAUCUGGAGAUGACGUUUAUGAGGAACCGGUAUCCAGAUAUGUCAACCAGAGAAGAGAUAGCUUGUUGUACGAAUCUUACGGAAGCUCGAGUCAGGGUCUGGUUCAAGAACAGGCGGGCGAAAUGGCGGAAGAAAGAGCGAAACGCAAUGAACGCCGCCGCGCAGGCCGCGGCGGAUUUCAAGUCGGGCUUCAGUACAGCCAGCCUCAACGGCUUCAUCACCCAACCGUUCCCGGAUCCUGACACCCUCUACAGCUCGUACAGCACGUACAACAACUGGGCGGCGAAGGUACCAUCGCCGUUGAGCGGCAAGAGCUUUCCCUGGAUGAACACCCUGGGCUCAGUCGUGCCUGCGGCGUCGCAUCAUCACCAUCACGCUCAGGUCAGCCCAGUGAAUCCCUUUAACGCCGCGGCGACGUCGGUCGCGGGCAGCCACGUGGGCGGCAUGUCAGUUUCGGUCGGCCAAGCGGCCACGUCUAUGUUACCGGGGAUGGGCUCCGGUCUUGGUGUCGCGAGCUCACCGGUCGCUGCGUCUGGCGCGGCGUGUCCAUACGCGGCGCCGGCGGCGCCGCAUCAUCCUUAUGGACCGCCGGUCUACGGGCCUCACCAUCGGUCGCCCGAGUCCUGCACGGUAAUGACGUCGAGUAGCAUCGCCUCCCUACGAAUGAAGGCGAAACAGCAUAGCAGCGGUUACGGCGGUGGCGGCGGCGGCGGUUCUUUCGGCGCGGGCGGCACCACAGGCGGCACCACAGCCGGAAGUAUAAGUCCCGUGAGCUCGAGAGCGUCUUCCGUCGGCGGUGGCGGCGGUGGUCUGAGCGCCUGUCAGUACGCGUUGACAACAGCGGCCGGCGCGAACCCUCAUUCCCCGGGUGGUCCCGAGGCACACGCCAACGCCACCGCCAGGGCCCAGGUCUGAGGCGAAGCGGGGGCUACGUCUAGCCCCCA